CUCUUCCCGUUGGAUAUCCGCAUUCAAAUUCAGAAUCCUCAAUUUUGAUUGUGUGUGGACGCUCCACGCAGAUCACCUCGGCUUCUCGCUCUCAAACAAGCAGAGAUCGUCUUCAUCCACCCGAAAGUCGAAGAGCUGUGGCGUGGCCAUUUGUUGCAAUCUUCAAUCCCCUCCGCCGCGUCUUCCUCAACCUCGCUGAUCGGCGAAAGUCAGGUCAGGCUUGUCGGGACUCCAGACAGGUGCUGUCACUGCGCCUGCCACCUCCCGCUAGAUCGCAGCAUCGGUACGUAGCUGGUGACAGAGCGUCUUGAGGCUCGCAGGAGCGGGAAAAGCCAGCGCUACUGUCUCAAGCAUAGCUAGCGAUCACAGUCAAAGCAUGAGUCGCAAGCAAAAGAGCAGCACCUCCUCCUUGCCUCCGGGUCAAAUCUACUCGCAGCCGAGCCUGACAGGAUCUGGAACGCACGACUCGGCAAGGCUCGCUUUGGCUGUGGAUGCGCUCAAAUCGGAAAAGUCGCCCGUCUCUCUGGAUGACUUUGCCAUUCGGCAUGGACUCGAGGCGCUGUUGAGGGAUCAAAGCCUGCUGCAGAGGUUCAAGGAGCAUGAGAGGGUGACUUGGAAUGAGAAGAGCGGGAGCUAUAGCUACAAGCCCGACUUUGACCUGCGAAGUCCAAACGAUCUAUUGCAUCUAUUGGAGCAGAGAUCCAAAGCCUCGGCUCCAGGAGGACUGUCUGCGGGCAUGAAGAUCUCGGAGCUUCGCGAGUCAUACGAUCAUGCCAGAGAUGCUGUCGAAGAUUUUACAAAGCACGAGCCAAGGGAAGAGCGCAAGGUGCUGGUGCUUCGUGGGCUCAAGGACGGCCUGAUUCGACACGUGUACUGGAACGAGAUCAGAGGCUCAGAUUCAAAGCCGGUAGACGACGAAUUCAAGGAGCUCUGGCAUGCCCAGAAAGUUCCCGACGCUGUCGAUCUGCCCAAAGCCUUGGCUGCAGAGGGGCUUCAGAUGGCAAAGUCCGACGAGAGCAGCAAUCCAAAUCCACAAGCUGCGCGAGGAAGAGGCAGAGGUCGUGGGCGCGGAAGAGGAGGGUUCUCUGGUCGGAAAGUCAAGGUGCAAAACACUCAUUUGGAAGGUGUGGACUUGAGCAAGGAUUACGUGUAGACAGCUCAGCUAGGUCUGCAUGGUCAUUCUUCAAACGAUUGGCUGAUGUGGGACAUCGUGAGCUCGAUCUCCCUCUAUGUGGCUGCAACCGCUCGCAACCCAACAUCUACAGGGAACUCGUCCCACACAAGAUUGUCGGCGCUACCACAUUUGCAAGCGGGCACAGGAAGUUGACCGACACGCAUUGUAGGGGCUCUAGAGUCUAGCGGAGCGGAUGGUCGCUCUAGGCACAGAACCAGGAAUCCGUACGAGUCCACACAGCAUGGUGUGUUGCUACUAGGUAUUGCUGUACGUCUGCAGACACAAAGCACGUCUAGUCUCGACAAGCGUUGUCGAGUCCGACUUCGAUCGAGACGAUUCGGAAUAUCAUUUGCGUAUUUGACGACCACGAUGUCGGCUGACGCGAAAUGCGCCG